AUGAAGUCGUGCAUCGAUCAGGGUCAGCUGGUUCCCGAUGAUGUCAUCUCUCGUCUCAUCCUGUCCAGUCUGAGGGGUCUGCAGCAGAGCAGCUGGCUACUGGACGGGUUUCCUCGUACUGUGGCUCAGGCCGAGGCCCUGGACAGCGUGUACGAUGUGGACUCUGUUAUAAACCUGGACGUGCCUUUCCAGACGAUCCGAGAGCGUCUGACGUCUCGCUGGGUGCACCUUCCCAGCGGCAGGGUCUAUAAUAUAGACUUCAACCCACCUAAGAAACCAGGUCUCGAUGAUGUCACAGGAGAACCGCUGGCCCAGAGAGACGAUGACAGUCCCGAAACUGUGUCCAGGCGACUCAAGGACUACGAGAGACAGACACAACCAGUUCUAGAGUAUUACAG